CGUUCUUCUUCGGGCUACAAGAAGGCAGAUGAUGAGAUGUCCCGGGCCACGUCUGUUGGGGACCAGCUGGACGCACCGGCCCGCACCAUUUACCUCAACCAGCCGCAUCUCAACAGAUUCCGUGACAACCGGAUCAGUACGGCCAAGUACAGCGUGUUGACGUUUCUACCUCGAUUCUUGUACGAGCAGAUCAGGAGAGCUGCCAAUGCUUUCUUCCUCUUCAUUGCCUUAUUACAGCAAAUUCCAGAUGUUUCUCCAACAGGAAGAUAUACCACCCUGGUGCCAUUGAUCAUUAUUUUAACAAUCGCAGGCAUCAAAGAGAUUGUAGAAGAUUUUAAGCGACAUAAGGCAGACAAUGCAGUUAACAGAAAGAAAACGAUAGUGUUAAGGAAUGGUAUGUGGCAUACCAUUAUGUGGAAAGAGGUAGCUGUGGGAGACAUCGUGAAGGUCGUCAACGGGCAGUGUCUUCCCGCAGAUGUGGUCCUGCUGUCCUCCAGUGAACCUCAGGCAAUGUGUUAUGUUGAAACAGCCAAUCUCGAUGGGGAGACGAACCUUAAAAUACGUCAGGGUGUGAGUCACACAGCUGACAUGCAGGUGAGGGAGGUGCUGAUGAAGUUGUCUGGGAGCAUAGAGUGUGAAGGGCCCAAUCGCCACCUCUACGAUUUCACCGGAAACUUGAACUUGGAUGGGAAAAGCCCUGUUGCCCUUGGGCCUGACCAGAUCUUAUUAAGAGGUACACAGCUUAGAAAUACUCAGUGGGUCUUUGGCAUAGUUGUUUAUACUGGACACGACACCAAACUCAUGCAGAAUUCUACCAAAGCACCUCUCAAGAGAUCGAAUGUUGAGAAAGUAACUAAUGUGCAGAUCCUGGUGCUCUUUGGCAUCCUCCUGGUCAUGGCCUUGGUGAGCUCGGUGGGAGCCCUGUACUGGAAUGGGUCUCAAGGAGGAAAGAACUGGUACAUCAAGAAGAUGGACGCGAGCUCAGACAAUUUUGGAUAUAACUUGUUGACGUUCAUCAUCUUGUACAACAAUCUGAUUCCCAUCAGUCUGCUGGUGACCCUCGAGGUUGUGAAGUACACACAAGCCCUCUUCAUAAACUGGGACACAGAUAUGUAUUAUCUAGGAAAUGACACGCCUGCCAUGGCCAGGACAUCCAACCUUAAUGAGGAGCUCGGGCAGGUAAAAUACCUGUUUUCUGACAAAACUGGAACUCUUACAUGCAAUAUCAUGAACUUCAAGAAGUGUAGCAUUGCUGGGGUAACCUAUGGCCAUUUUCCAGAAUUGACAAGGGAACCAUCAUCAGAUGAUUUCUGCCGGAUACCUCCUCCGCCUAGUGACUCAUGUGACUUUGAUGACCCCAGGCUCUUGAAAAACAUUGAGGAUCAUCAUCCCACAGCCCCCUGCAUCCAGGAGUUCCUCACCCUCCUGGCCGUGUGCCACACCGUGGUCCCCGAGAAGAAGGACAGAGACCACAUCAUCUACCAGGCCUCCUCCCCAGAUGAAGCUGCUUUGGUGAAAGGGGCUCGAAAGCUGGGCUUCGUCUUCACAGCCAGAACGCCGUACUCGGUCAUCAUAGAGGCCAUGGGACAGGAGGAGACAUUUGGAAUCCUUAACGUCCUGGAGUUUUCUAGCGACAGAAAAAGAAUGUCUGUAAUUGUGCGAACCCCUUCAGGACAGCUUCGACUCUAUUGUAAAGGGGCUGAUAACGUGAUUUUUGAGAGACUUUCUAAAGAUUCAAAAUACAUGGAGGAAACACUAUGCCAUCUGGAGUAUUUUGCCACGGAAGGCUUGCGGACCCUCUGUGUGGCUUACGCCGACCUCUCUGAGAGUGAUUAUGCGGAGUGGCUCAAAGUCUACCAAGAAGCCAGCACCAUCUUGAAGGACAGAGCUCAGCGGCUGGAAGAGUGUUACGAGAUCAUCGAGAAGAAUUUGCUGCUGCUUGGAGCCACAGCCAUAGAAGAUCGUCUUCAGGCAGGCGUGCCAGAAACCAUAGCAACUCUGUUGAAGGCAGAAAUUAAAAUAUGGGUGUUGACGGGCGACAAACAAGAAACUGCAAUUAACAUAGGCUAUUCCUGCCGGUUGGUGUCCCAGAACAUGGCCCUUAUCCUAUUGAAGGAGGAUUCUUUGGAUGCCACGCGGGCAGCCAUUACUCAGCACUGCGCUGACCUUGGGAGUCUUCUGGGCAAGGAGAACGACGCGGCCCUCAUCAUCGACGGGCACACCCUGAAGUACGCGCUGUCCUUCGAGGUCAGGAGAAGCUUCCUGGACCUGGCCCUCUCGUGCAAAGCGGUCAUAUGCUGCAGAGUGUCCCCUCUGCAGAAGUCGGAGAUAGUGGAUGUGGUGAAGAAGCGGGUGAAGGCCAUCACCCUGGCCAUCGGGGACGGUGCCAAUGACGUCGGGAUGAUCCAGACAGCCCACGUGGGUGUGGGCAUCAGUGGCAACGAGGGCAUGCAGGCCACCAACAACUCGGAUUAUGCCAUCGCACAGUUUUCCUACUUGGAGAAGCUCCUGCUGGUUCACGGCGCCUGGAGUUACAACCGGGUGACCAAGUGUAUCCUGUACUGUUUCUACAAGAACGUGGUCCUCUACAUCAUUGAGCUUUGGUUCGCCUUUGUUAAUGGAUUUUCUGGGCAGAUUUUAUUUGAACGUUGGUGCAUCGGCUUGUACAACGUGAUUUUCACGGCCCUGCCCCCCUUCACCCUGGGCAUCUUCGAGAGGUCAUGCAGCCAGGAGAGCAUGCUGAGGUUCCCGCAACUCUACAAGAUCACCCAGAACGCCGAGGGCUUCAACACCAAGGUUUUCUGGGGUCACUGCAUCAACGCCUUGGUCCACUCCCUCAUCCUCUUCUGGUUUCCCAUGAAAGCGCUGGAGCACGAUACUGUGUUGGCCAAUGGUCAUGCCACAGACUAUUUAUUUGUUGGAAAUAUCGUUUAUACGUAUGUUGUUGUUACUGUUUGCCUGAAAGCCGGUUUGGAGACUACAGCUUGGACAAAAUUCAGUCACCUGGCCGUCUGGGGAAGCAUGCUCAUCUGGCUGGUGUUUUUUGGCAUCUACUCAACCAUCUGGCCCACCAUUCCCAUCGCUCCAGAUAUGAAAGGACAGGCAACCAUGGUCCUGAGCUCUGCGCACUUCUGGCUGGGAUUAUUUCUGGUUCCUACCGCGUGUCUGAUGGAAGAUGUGGUGUGGAGAGCGGCCAAGCACACCUGCAAAAAAACACUUCUGGAGGAGGUGCAGGAGCUGGAAAGGAAGUCCAGGGUGAUGGGAAGAGCCAUGCUCCGGGACAGUAACGGAAGGAGGACCAACGAGCGAGACCGGCUGCUCAAGAGGCUGGGCAGGAAGACGCCGCCCACCCACUUCCGGGGCAGUUCCCUCCAGCAGUCAGUGCCACAUGGGUACGCCUUCUCGCAAGAGGAGCACGGGGCCGUGACUCAGGAAGAAAUAGUCCGCGCCUACGACACCACCAAACAGAAAUCCAGGAAGAAGUAA